AUGGCUGAAGGCGACGAUAUAUCUGAAGAGAGGGUUAAUGAUCGUCGGCUUCUAGGUACUUCACUUCUCAAGAAUCUGGCAAACUCAGAGAAAUUCAAGAAGUUCACAACAGCGGUAAAGGAGCGAUUGACUUCCGAUAACCAAAGGGCCACAAACAAACUGUUUGCGAGUCUUAAAGUUGGAGAAGCAAAGGAGAACAUUUUCGAGAGCUCAGCGUUUAAAGAGUGGAUCAAGCGUGUGACGAAAAAUUACAAGAGGGAUCCCCAGAAGGGUGAAGUGGCGAUGUUUUUUUCUUUAGCAGCUCAUUAUGACGAUGCCGCACUGGCCAAGCUACUAUUUCAAGCUCAACAAUCGCCAAAGACGAGGACAAUGGCCAAAAAAUUUGAGGUCAUGCAGCUCUACAACUGGAUCACUCAAGAGAGAACGUCGGAUGAUGUAUUCAAUCUUCUGAAGCUAAAAGCAGAUGACAAAAAUCUUUUCAAGAAUCCGUUGUUGAAGACGUGGAUCUCGUAUGCAAUAGAGCUCAAAGACGACGCAUACGAUGCGUUGUAUCUCAAGUUGACGAAACACUACGACGACUACGCUUUAGCUCGUAUGCUAAUUUCUGCAAAAGAUGACGCUAACCCUAUUGUCAGAAAGGUGGAGCAGGCGCAGUUUAAGAGCUGGUUAGCUGAUGGAAAGACAGCAGACGGCGCCUUCAACAUUCUAAAACUUAACGCUGAGAAGGGAGACGGACUUUUGGAAAAUCCAGCGCUGAGCACCUGGAUCACAUACGUUACACAGCUUGGAAAGGAUGACCCUUACCAUAUGUUGUUGCUCAAGCUAACCAGGCAUUAUAGCGACGACGAGCUAGCAAACGUGUUACUAACAGCGAAAGCUGCGCUAACUACUUGGAUCUCGUACGUCAACAAGCUGAACAAGCACAAGGAAACUCCGGAAAAGUUUGCAGUUAUCUCGGAAUUGGAGGAGCACUUUCAACGCAUGGAUUUGGCGCGAAUGCUGUACGAUGCAAAACGUGAAGCUAAGACCCGAGAUGUGAAGCAAUUGGUCUCCGACUUGCAAGACGAACAAUUCGAGAAAUGGAUGGCUGAAGAUUUGAAUCCUAUAAUUAUCGAUGUUUUAGUAGAAAGCACUGAUCGGAACCACCCGAGUAACUUGGGCGUCACUCUCGAUUACCACAACUUCGUCAGCGCUAGAACUAAGUCAGAGUAG